AGUAUGAGCCCAAAGCUGGGAAAGUCUUUGUCCCGCCGAACAAAAGCAUUUGUUUGCACGUAUUCAACUCCACUCAACUUCACCAGGCCCAGGUGCAAAAACCAACUUUGUGAUGAACAUCAGAACGCAUCACACCUUGGCCCAUCUGAUGCACAGCCCGCCGUCGCUUCAAAUCCAUCCCUCUGCAAGCAGAUCAAAGCCACUUUGUUACAAUGUAAAUAUUGCUGGACAAUUAAUUCACACUCAUUACCUCCAAUGCCUGACAUAAAGACACAGCCAAUCAUUCUUUUCGAAACUGCGUGAGGCUUUUUAGGAGUCUAAAACAUUCCCAAACUUCCUAACCACAGCUAUUUCCAAUGUUUGAUCUCUUCAAACUUUCCCGAUUCGUCAUGUAAACGCAUAUCUGGAAAACAGCAUGUUUUCUGUUUGAAAGACUGAUUCACUGGCAGGUGGGACGAGAAACUCAGUCUGUCAUUUGUAGGCGGAGAGCACACUUGCCCAAAAGGGGGAGGACCUUUCAAAGUUCUUAUAAAGUGUGCUGGAUGUAGAAUCAUGUUCAGUCAACAGUGAUCUGUAAUCUUCAUCCCUAUAAGCACUUCGCUGCGACCACACUGCAAUGGCACAGAACGGGACUAUAGAAAACGGGGUGACUCGAAAUACGUCCCCUCCGCCUCUGCCUCAACCUGUGAAAAUACCUGAGAUUAAACACACGAAGAUUUUUAUCAAUAAUGAAUGGCGCACGUCAAUCAAAGGAAAGAAGUUUCCUACAAUCAAUCCUGCAACAGGUGUCAAAAUCUGCGACGUCGAGGAGGCAGAUAAAGCUGAUGUGGAUGAGGCGGUUAAAGCUGCCAGAGCGGCCAUGGAGAGAGGCUCAGAGUGGCGGCGGAUGGACACCUCGAGCCGCGGGAGGUUAUUGCACAGACUCGCGGACCUGCUGGAGCGAGAGCGUGCGGUGCUCGCGACUCUAGAGUCAAUGGACACUGGCAAACCUUUCCUGCAUGCGUUCUUUGUCGAUCUGGACGGCAGCAUUAAAACCCUGAGGUAUUACGCCGGCUGGACAGACAAGAUUCAUGGGAAAACCAUGCCAGUUGAUGAAAACUUUGUGUGUUUUACCAAACAUGAGCCCGUCGGUGUGUGUGGAGCAAUUAUUCCGUGGAACUUCCCUCUGCUGAUGUUUUCAUGGAAGAUCGCGCCGGCUUUGGCCUGCGGGAACACAGUGGUCAUCAAACCCGCCGAACAGACCCCGCUGACGGCUCUUCAUGUUGGAGCUCUCAUAAAGGAGGCUGGCUUUCCACCUGGAGUCGUGAAUAUCGUACCUGGGUUUGGAUCUACGGCUGGAGCAACAAUCGCCAGUCAUAUGAACAUUGACAAAGUGGCGUUCACAGGCUCUACAGAGGUGGGCCAGCUGAUCAAAGCGGAGGCGGCCAAGAGCAACCUGAAAAGAGUGACUCUGGAGCUGGGGGGGAAAAACCCCUGCAUUGUGUUUGCUGACUCAGACCUGCAGUCGGCGGUGGAGGAGACGCAGAAGGGCGCGUUCUUCAACCAGGGUCAGGCGUGCACCGCUGCGUCACGCGUGUACGUGGAAGAGCAGGUUUAUGAUGAGUUUGUGCGUCUCAGUGUGGAAAGAGCCAAGAAUAUUGUGAUUGGAGAUCCUAUGGAACCGCAAACCUCACACGGGCCGCAGAUUGACCAGAAUCAGUUUGAUAAGAUCCUGGCGCUGGUGGACAGUGGGAAGAAGGACGGGGCGAAGCUGGAGUGUGGCGGCUGUGCAGUGGAAGACAGGGGUCUGUUCAUCCAUCCGACCAUCUUCUCUGACAUCAAAGACCACAUGCGUAUUGCCAAAGAAGAGAUCUUCGGGCCGGUUCAGUGCAUCAUGAAGUUUAAGACUCAGGAAGAGGUGAUCGACAGGGCCAACAGCUCACAGUACGGCCUGACGGCAGCCGUGUUCACGCGUAACAUCGAUCGUGCCUUGAGCGUAUCUGCGGCCCUGGAAGCUGGAACCGUCUGGGUGAACUGCUACAAUGCCUUGCAUGCUCAAGCUCCAUUCGGAGGCUACAAGAUGUCAGGAAAUGGCCGAGAGCUGGGUGAGUAUGCACUGGCAGAGUACACUGAGGUCAAAGCCAUCACUAUUAGACUCAGCGAGCAGCUGAAACUGUGAUCUGAAGCUCCACCAUCUAUCAGUCUACGGAUGAAGAAACUCUGGCUUUAACCAUCAGUCUCAUUUCAGCUUAUUUUCUACCAGUCUGUUUAUUUGAUGUAGAUGUGCUGUACAGAUUUAAAAGAAAGUUUGUGUUUUUUUUAUUUUUUUAUUUAAUUUGGAUGUUUUUAAAUCAAGCAAAGUCAUCCAUCAUCUCUCAAUAUUUAGUAAUAUAAAGAAAUAUACUAUAUCGAACUUAAGUACAAAUGUUUUAUGUAGUUAUUGCAAUAGAUUCACAUACAUGUUUGCCUGGCUGAACUCAUACUCACAGGCUUUGCUUUUGAUUUGGAGGUUCAAUUCUUCUUAGUGGUCUUAAAGUCGACAUUAUUUCUUCCUCCCUAUUGUGACUAGUGAAAUGGCUUCUCUAACAGGAAACAAUUUAGGCCGGGACUUGAUAUUUUCCAGUUGGAAUUGAUUGGAUGGUUGUGGUUUGCUAUUGGUUAAUCUCAUGUGAGUGACAGGUUGUCCCGCCCUCACGCCAGUAAACACAUCAUCAGAAAGAGAUGUCGCUGCAAGAGGGACGGGAAGUUAUUUUGAUUAAAGAUUGCACAUUAAUUAAAAAUCAAAUAAUAAUGAUGUGCAUGAAUAAAUCAUUUGUAAUAAAUAAUGCAAUAUUUCAUCAAAA